AUGGUGCUGGCAGACGCAGCUGAGCGACACCCCAGCGAGCCCGACUACGGUGGAACAGAACAAGCCACGAAAUGCGCCGUCUGUGACAAACACGAAAUACACGGCGACGUGUUCGUCUGCUGUGACGAUUGUGAAUUGAACUCGAGUGGUAUGACCCUAAACACAAAGUUAGCAGAUCUUGACUUUGCUGAUGAUAUAGCUGCUCUAGCAGACCGCACACAGGACCUACAACCCCUAGUGGAGGACAUAGGCUCAUCUGCAGGCAGUAUUGGACUCACCAUUAGUGCCCAAAAGACCAAGAACAUGUUAGUAGGGACGCACCCCCCUCCCACAAGUGUGAUCAUUGACAACAAUGAAGUGGAAGUGGUGGAGAACUUUACUUUAAUAGGCAGCUCCAUGAACGACAGAGGGGACAUGGACAAGGAACUAGACUGCAGGCUAGGGAAGGCCUCAGCUGCUUUCAACCAGCUUGGCAAGCUGUGGUCUAGCAAGAAGCUCUCCCUGGGAACUAAACUGCGAUUCUACAACAGCAAUGUUCUCUCUACCCUACUUUACGGAUGCGAAACAUGGCACAUGAAGUCAAGCCAAGAAAAGAAACUAGAUGUCUUCGACAAUAAAUGCCUAAGGAAGAUACUAGGCAUCAGAUGGGAUGACUUCAUACCCAACACUGAAGUAAGAGCUAGGACCAGCCAAAAACCAGUGUCUGUGACAAUCCGAAAGCAGCGCUUGAGCUGUUUGGGCCAUGUCAUGAGACUCUCACCAGACAGACUGGCAUACCAAGUUAUGCACUGGGCACCACGGGGAAAGAGACGUAGAGGUCGCCCCAGGAUGAAUUACAGGCACACCAUCGAGAGAGACCUACAAACAGCUAAUUGA